AUGGUAAAUAAAGUUAAGGCUGUGGUGAAACACCCGGGCCACGUGGUAAGAUAUGGUGGGUUCCGAGGAUGGAUAUUCAAAUUUAGUCGACUGUGCUCGUACAGGAUCACUUCUAUAGUUGAUUCUACUACUGAGAACACCAGCGACAGUCGCUCUGCCGUCCCGGAAAACGAUUUACGUCGAUGA